UUUGCCAACUUCACGCAGCUAUCGCUCACCAACAGAAACAUGGCGUCCUACUGUCGUUUGGGACGAUUAUUUAAUUUGUGUGCCUCAAAGUCAGCGUGGCUUACUCACUCAUCUGUGCUAAGAUGUCAGGGUGCAGGGCUGCACUGGACUCCAAAUGUCACAGGUGUCAAUAAGAGAUGGCCUCCAACCAUGAACAUUCCAGUUAGGAGCAUGUUUAUUCAAACCCAAGACACUCCAAACCCCAACAGCCUGAAGUUUUUACCGGGUCGCAUGGUGUUGGAGGUGGGAACAAUGGACUUUGCUGCACCCCGAGAUGCAUACUGCUCUCCCUUAGCCAGGCAGCUCUUCAGAAUUGAUGGUGUCAAGAGCGUCUUUUUGGGCCCUGACUUUAUCACCAUCACCAAGACAGACGUAGAUCUUGAGUGGAAGGUGAUGAAGCCUGAUGUCUUUGCUGCCAUCAUGGACUUUUUUACUUCAGGGCUGCCAGUCGUGAAUGAUGAUGCUCCACAGGCAGAUACAGCCCCCUCAGAAGAUGAUGAUGAGGUAGUGUCCAUGAUCAAAGAACUCCUGGACACCCGCAUCAGGCCCACAGUGCAGGAGGAUGGAGGUGACGUAGUGUACCGGGGCUUUGAGGACGGCGUGGUGAAGCUGAAGCUACAGGGCUCCUGCACCAGCUGCCCCAGCUCCAUCAUCACCCUGAAGACCGGCAUCCAGAACAUGCUGCAGUUCUACGUCCCUGAGGUGGAGAGUGUGGAGCAGGUGAAGGAUGAAGACGAGGCUGUGGAGCAGGGAGCGCAGGCCUGAGUUCAGGUGUAUGCAGUGUCAACAGACCCAUACAUUCCGCUUCAUCAUCUCCCUUACCACAUUUACAGCACAAAUUUGCAUUGAAGGCAGUGAAGUAUUACAGAGUGCUUUCAUGGGAGACCUGACCAGUAAUAAAGGCUAUCACGUCAUUGAAAUCCUCACAUAAGGUUCAAUCCCUGCACUCUACUGGUACCCAACAAGUUGCCUGUUCUCAGCCUGGCCUGGGAUAAGUGGAUAGUAGAUUACUUUCAUUUCAAUCAUUUGUACUUCCUGUUUUGCCAAUAUUGACAGCACAUGGUACGAGAAAUGAACCAUUGAAACAAUGUUUUUGAUUGAUUUGUUGGAAGAUAUCAUGUCCCUGGGAGAUAACAAAACAAUCUUUGCUCCUCUUAGUGAAAUACGCAUGCACAGUGUCAGUUGAAAUUUUGAUCUAAAAUGAUGACUAAAACACAUGUGCCCUGUACUUAUGUGUGCAAUAUUAUGUAAAUAAUAUUAAAUCUUUAAUUAUUUAUCUUGAACCCAGAAACUGAGAUGGGUUUGAAGCCUGAGAUGGGCUUGUGUGUAAAGUAUACAGAUUUAAAUGUGUGUGGUCUCUGGAAAUGCUUUUCAAACCAUGAAUUGAUCAAAGAGGAGAUGAAUGCACUGAAAACAAAACUAUAGCACUGCUUUCCCAUGUUCCUUCCUAGUUGUAUCUCUCCCCCUGCUUUCCUGUUUUCCUGAUUAUGUUACAACUACAGUCACCACAGAUGUACUGCUUCAGUGAACCCCCGUUAUGUUUUGGCUGCAAUGAACAUGUUAUCUGGUUAAUGUGUCUUUUAGAUGUGUGUGGUAUUGAAGGGUUGUUCUGGUCUUAUAUGAUCUUAUUAAGCAGUAUACAUAUGGAUAAAACAUUAACUAAUUGAGGUGAGAGUGAUAAUUUGAAGGCCCAGCUGACCCAAUCUUGCUUGUACAUGAUGCAAGAGGCAGAUUUGGGCUGUUGAAGUUCAUUUUAGAAAAAGCUAACACCAUGAUGUAUUCCGUGUGAGUGAAUUAAAGACCCCAGGCAUUUGGCUCUGGCUUCACUGCUUUGGAAUGAUCGUUUUGUGCCAUCAUUUCCAACACGGAAUUCCUAUACCUGUGUUUGUUGUACCUUCAACAUGCAAUAUCUGUGUGGUCUCAUAUAUGCAGAUGAUGCUUAAAAAACUUGAAUGACUGCUGUUGUAUAGAUAUUUUCAGGUUUGGAGUGCAAAUGUAUGAAUGCAUUUAUUUUAAAUGAUAUUUUACUGAUUUAUUACAGUUCUGUAAUAAAGAAAAACUGAAAAGGCUA